AUGAAUUCAUCAUCAGAAACAUUAGUGGCAUCAGAGCCAUCACAAACAACAAAGGAAACAGCAUCAAAGCCCACAAGUCAAGUGCGUUGGGCUCCUAUCACAGGAAUUCCAAUUGAAAGGCGAUUACAGAUGCUGGCUGUUUGUACCUGGGUUAGCAUGAUGUUCAUACUGGUUUCACUCUUCUUUUUCAUGGCAACAUAUAAAUUCCUUUGGCCCAUACUGAUUGCAUACAUUUCAUUCCUCUAUGUCGAUAAAGCGCCCGAGUCUGGUGGAAGACGGUUUGAACGUGCUAGACAUUGGACUUUAUGGAGAUACUUUGCAGCCUAUUUUCCCGCUCAAUUGAUCAAGGAGCACGAUCUAGAUCCCAAGCAUAACUAUGUCUUUGGAUAUCAUCCCCAUGGUAUCAUUUCUUACGGAGCACAACUAGCAUUUGCCACAGAAGCUACAGGAUUCUCUGAAAAGUUCCCUGGCAUCACACCUUCCCUAUUGACAUUGAAUUCAAACUUUCGCAUUCCAUUCUACAGAGAUGUCAUUAUGGCGCUCGGUAUCGCUUCUGUAUCUCGUCGAUCAUGCGAAAACAUUCUAUCAUCAGGACCCGGCAGAUCCAUUGCUAUUGUCGUUGGAGGAGCUGCAGAAUCUUUGAAUGCGAGACCGGGCACAGCUGAUUUAGUUUUGCGUAAAAGAUUGGGAUUCAUUCGUUUGGCUAUCAAGCAUGGUGCUUCACUCGUGCCUGUGUUUUCGUUUGGCGAGAAUGAAGUGUACGACCAGCUGGAUAAUGCAAAGGGAAGCAAGGUGUUCAUGUACCAAAAGAAGAUGCAGGCAAUGCUUGGAUUCACCAUGCCAUUGUUCCAUGCUCGAGGCAUAUUCAACUAUGAUGUGGGAAUUAUUCCAUUCAGACAUCAGAUUACUACAGUUGUUGGUAAACCUAUUCCCGUUCCUGCGUUAGAAGAGGGCGAAACGGAUCCCACUCAGGAACAAAUCUUGGCUGUUCAAAAACUAUACAUUGACGAGCUCUUCUCUAUUUAUAACAAGUACAAGGAUGUCUACGCUAAAGACCGCAAGCAAGAACUUCGAAUUACAGAUUAG